GAAAAACGUAUUCGACCAUUGUGAGCGUGGACCGCGGGACCAAGCGGGAGAAUUGUCUUAGUCGCGGCCGUCGGUGUGUUGUCCGUUUCCCGCUGCCAGCUUCUGGUCUGCUGCUUUUGUGCUUACCGGAGGGCAGCCUGAAUGUGUAGGAAGAUGCUGCGCCCUGGAACCUGAAUUGUCAGUGCGGACGCGUUGUAUGCAAUACUCCCAGUCUUGCUCAUACAUGGUCCAGGCUCGUGUCAGUGUCCUGCUUCUUGCUUGUGUUUGAGGCUUCAAACAUAAACCAUAGCUACGCCUCCUUUAGCCUUUAGCUGAUUUACCGGUGUAUGGUUGCUAAUCGUACACUGCUGUGUAGCUUGUUGCUAAGUUAGCAGACAGUACAAACGUGUCCACAGUUGCAAAUAAGACUGACUGUAAGUGUUAGCAUCCUCGUCAAAUGAAACGGAAUUGACAUUUGGUGCUAGUAUUUCGAAGAGAGUACUACAUAUCAUUUGAUUGGGUUAUCCUAAAUAUCAUGUACACAGUAUAGCACAAUGCUAGCUGCAUGAAGCUCAGCUCAGCUGCCAUGUAAACACAUGGCGCCAGCCCCUAAACAUCUAACGUUGCUAAUUUACGUUGGCCCAACUCUGAUUAGCGUCCAUGAACCUUAGCAUUCCUGUAUUUUCAUUUUUUAUGCGCCUGAGGGUGAGCUGGUGUACAGGCAGGGGUCAUCAAAUACUGUGUAUGUUGUGACGUGCUGACUUAAACGUGUGGGCUUCACCUUUUGAUGACAUGCUUACAUGCACUGAAAAGUACGAGUUAUUGCAUUAGUUACUUUUUAAAGUGCAUGCCAAUGCGAUAAUCCGACUGUAUUCCAAUUUUUAAAAGUCUGAUUAAUACACACAGGCUUCAACUGGAAACCAUGUUCCUUUUGCAUGGCUACUCAUCCAUCUAUCAGUCAUUGAAAUGAGCUUUCUGCAUGCGCCAGUAUUCUUGGGGGACUAAUGGUGCAGCGUUAACAAUAAAUUCGCAAGAGAAGAAGAAGGCGACGAGAGGGGGGCAUGUUUACACUAACGUAGUCAUCGUUUUAGGCCAGACUAGAGAUUUUCAAAACCUCUGACUCAGUGUUUGUGUGUAGGGGGUGUUCUGAUCCGAUAUUGAUAUCAGAUAACGGUCCGAUAUCAGCAAAAUUGGAUUGGCACUCCGAUACAAGCAGUCUGCAGCUGAGUGCAAAACUUGUCACGCACAGGUUUCCUGUGGUGUCACAGAACUGGGGAAGUUUAAUACAACCAACCUGAAAAAAACGUUGGAACGCCUCUCUUACGGAGCGUGAAUGGAAGCUAGCAAGGUUAACUUAGUUUAGCAGCGCAUGCUAGUGUGGCUGUGUGUGUGCGACUGAGGCUGUAUGAGUGUGUUUACACUGUGUUGUGUUUUACCGCUUGUUCAUGCAAACGAGGGAUUUUCGAUGCCCGCUGACAUGCAAGUUCUGAGUGAAAUAAGGACAAGAGGCAUGCUUAUUCUUGCACCCGGCCCAUCUGAACUGUCAACAGUCAUUCCCAACGCACACGACACACUUCUGACCUUCAAAAUAAAAGGGCUGUUUGCCACAUACUGUCGAAUUGUGUCAACAAAAUAAGGGUGUCGUGAAAAAGACCUUACGUUAAUAAUGCAAUUGGAUUGCAUUGGUAACUGCGUCUUCCUAAACCACAAGCAGUUACAGUUUGUUCUGGAUUUUAUAGAAAAGUGUGCAGAGGCUGACAUCCUAUUUAAAGGGAAAAAAAAACAAAAAACGUUAGCCAAGCUACAACCGUUUGUGAAAUACUGUGUGAAAUUGGCCAAUGAUGUACUGCAUCAAUAAAUGUAAGGAUUUUUGCAUUUAAUUAACGGACGUUUUAUUGACUGUCACAAAAGUAUACACUCUACGCUGGUAAAAUAAGUGUAAAAUGUAAAAAAAACGGAAUUUAAAACAAUUUAAAUGGAAAAAACGUAAUUUGAAAAAAAAAAAAAACAGAUUUUAUAGGGCCCUACUGCACAGUCGACAAAACACCUGAUCGAGCCUUUUCUAAUGUUCCACACCACAAAAUGAGUAAUGAGAGUAUGUGUGACUUGUGCUGCUAUCGGAAAUGGUCAUAGCCGCAAUGUUGGUAUCGUAUCGGAAGUGAAAAUGAUGUAUCGAGAUCCCCUUCUUGUGUAGACGGGUAAAACAGAGCUUUUUGGUUUAUGUCAUAAAAAAUGUGUAUUUCGUCAUGUUUUUAAACCUUAUUUAACAACAGAACAUGAAGUUAUUGACUUAUGUGUCCAUCGUGUGUACAUGUGCAUUAUAGUCUAAGUUGCACAAGCGAUGAAAGCAAGCAUUCAUGAUGUUUCCCGGGCUGCAUGUAAGUGUAUGCUGAUUUUAAAGCUAAUGUACUCACAAUUGUACCUUUACUACAUUGAUGAACAGAUGCGUUAUAAUGGGCGACCAUAUCAAUUGUGUUAUUCCCGCAUGCAGCGUUUUGAUGCCAUCUGCUGUACGGAGUUGUAACGAUAAGCUACACAGGCAGUCCCAUUAUAAUGUGUUCUAAAUGUGGCGGUCCAAAUUUCUUAGUGGCUGCCCGCCACAAAGUGCAUGUAAACUGGAACAAGUGUGAAAACGCAGCGAGAACAAACUAUGGCAGUCAUCUAACCAAUGCAUGUUAACGUACUGACAUGCUGCGGGCUAAACCACAAGCAUGAUGAACUCAAUUGGAAACCUUUCGACACCCACUGGAAACCAGUUGCCUGCCUGUGUAUGCUACAAUCGAUUGAUCUUCGGAGCCGGCAAUAUCAGCACGCGUCAGCUCCACAGCCGAUCUCAUUCUCGUAGCAGAAGUCGCGUUCGUGGCACACUCAAUGAUCAUUCGUUGUUGCUGUCCAUGGAAUAUUACAAUAGCUUGUGUGUAUUAAUAUUAGCACGUACGAUACUGCAUGUACAUUGCUAUUAAUUCGUUCAUGUCCGUUUUCCUUGUUGCCGAAUUGCAACUAGCUGCCAAGAUGCCUUGUUUUGAUGUGACGUAAUUGAUCAAUGCAAAAGUCAUACAUUUACCCACACCAUGUAGUGUUUCGGAGGCACACGGCGUUUGAAUUACAAAUAUUGCAAGGACUUCACAUAUGUAUAAAAAUGGAAGCAACUAGGGGUAUAACGGUACGCCAUUAUCAAGGUUCCGUACGUACCUUGUUUGCAAGGUCACUGUUUGGUUCAUUUUCAGUACAGCGAGUUAAAAGAGCAAAAAUCCAAACAUAAAACUGCUUAGCUUCUGUGUAAACAGCUUUAAUGAUUUUUAAAGUAAUAAAAAAAAUGUGUGCAGGAAUAAUUGUUCCCGUUUGUAGCCCCGUUCCCCAUCUCUGUUGAACAAUGCCGGAUCCCUACUUCCAUCUUAUUCACUUGUCUUUGUUCGUUUACGUCAUGGGUGUCCAAACAACCCUUCAUACGGAACCGAUGGUUCCAUGGCAAAAUGUCAGAUUACAAAUAUACGUACUGUUACACCCCGAGAAGAGACACAUUUAUUUGGGGACUAAUUUAGGGCCUGUCCUUCAGGUCGAAACGGGAAAGUAUUCAGCCUUUCAUCUAUAUGGCAACGGUGUUCCGGAUGCCCUGAAACGGUAUUUUUUGGAAAACUGCUUCCGAUGUGGGGAAGAUCCGAUAACGCCGCCUUGUCGUUACCGUGUGGACAAGUGAAACACUACUUUCUCAAAACGAUGAGGUCACCGCCUCGUGAGAACAUGUGACCGGUUGUGGUGUGCUGCUCCUGAAAAGCUAACAUCAUAACUGAAUAGUUCAAAAAUGACUCCAAUCUUUUGUUUUUGUCUUAUACUCCCCAAAGUGACUCGCAGAUGUCAUUCCACUUCCAGCCAAGCGGAAGACGAGUGACCUUGUGUGCAUGCGUUCUUUCCUCUUCCAUAGUGUUGGUGUGUUACGUGGUUUUGUCUGUGUGUCCGUUUACAGCGCCACAUGUAGGCGUGCCGUAUGUAUUAGAUUGUUUUCACCCAGUGAUCCAUUCCUAGACAGGGCCUUAGUGCAUGUAAAUGUAGUGACAGUUGUUUGGAGUCCUUGAAGGGGUGCGGGAGAGUACUCCUGCCAGGGACUCCUUCCCUCGUGCUGCCAUCAAAUAAGUGCAAUAUUGGUCAAUUGAACAAAUGAACAAUGGUCAAUUCAGCCCAAUACAAUAUGCUGUUCACUUACUGAAGACAAAGCCUUUCUGUCCUUCUGGGUUGGAGGGGCUUAAAAACAGUGGUUUUUGAUGAGUUUUUGUCCAACAGAUCUGUGCAGAGAGGUAGAUCCUAGUAGUAUGUUGACAUGUUACGCUGGGAUCUGAUAGUGAUCUUCUGUUUCACCAUUUUUUUUCUGUGUAAAUAAAUCCUUAAUUCCUGGAGGUAAUUUGCGUAUAUGUUAGUCUAAUCUGUUAAGUGAUUUUCCUUAGGUAGUGAAGUUAGACAUGAGAGUCAGUUAGAAAGGAGGGAUGUCAUCCCAAAAUGGAAUCUUUAUGAAGUGUGUGGUCAGACUAAAGACAAUUUUUAUUUUUGAAAAACAUUUAACAAGUCAGGGUUGGAACUGAUUUGGGUUUGCAAGAUGAUAUAAUACAAGUCAGGUACUUGCAUGCGUAAUGUUUGGUAUUCAUCUCUGUGCAGUGUAGUUGUUUUCUUAUAUUGGCUAGUUUCACCUCACAGGCCCUUUUAACACGAUUAAAACAACACAGUCUUAGCCGAGGCUUCAUACUGUUUGGGUGGUUCUGGAAUGCCACUGUGUUUCUCUUUGGUUGUGAUAUAGAUACUGUAUGUCGCUGUUGUCCCUGGUUGAUUGUUUAUGUUGUUAAGGUAGACUUGACUUCUCGGGCCUCUUGCAGGAGGUCUGGAGAUCUCAUUGCCUAAAUCCAGGCCUUUUCACUUUUGUUGUAAGGAACACACAGCAGCAUGUGAUUUGACAUGGGGAUACAUGCUGUGUCAAUCUAAUGAUGUCAUUUUGUCUUUGCAAAUAUCCAUUAUUUGUAACGCUUAUUUGACGGGGCCUUCAGAAUUCUUCCACAUUUUACUGUAACUUGUAAGCAAUAUUUGGUCCUGGGCUCACGUUUGCAGCUUCAUAUGGAAGGCCCCUUUAUCUGCAUCAAUGAGCUUCUAGACCUUGAUGCUCCCCACCUAGUGGAAAACCGCUGCAAUGGCCGCAUUGUGUCGGUAAACAAUCCAGUUGCGAAAUGGCGGAGAUCUGCAGACAGGCUUCACUGCCUCCCUUCCCCCUUCCUCCCUCCUGAUAUAGCAGAUGUUCAUUUGUUCCCCACUAGGGGGAGAGAAGAACACAAGGUUUUUUAUGACUGGCUAUCCUCAAUUCAUGGAAAUUAUGAAAUGGUGGAUUCCUGUUUCCUUCACACACAAAAUCUAACCAGGUCCUCGGAGAUUAGACCAUUGAUUGUCUCAGUCUUUGGGAAACACUUCAGGUUCUCUGUUGGCUCUCAGGCCUGACCUCGUUUCUGUCUGACAAGGUGCUUGUUCGUCCUUGGCUCAGGGACUCACUGAAGUAUGCUCUUGUAAAUCUGUCCGGAAGACUCAUUUUUGGGCACACAGUUUUGACCUGAAGAAUAGACAGUCUGUGGCCUUGGAGUGAAGGCUGUUACUGGAUGAGUCAGGAAACGCACGCCUUGAUUGGGCGUCUGUUGAUUUAAGAAUAGAAAACGUUCAGUAUUGCUGCAGUAUUGCCUACUGAAAUUGUCCAUUUAAGUCCAGUUUUACAGCGGUAACCUAAUCUAGAUUAUGUAAAUCUAUCUUCCUUAGAGCUGUGUACCCAAAGAAGGGUGUAAGGGUUUGGAAGAAAGAGAAAGCCAUAGGAUGUGACAUUUAAAAGGAAGUGUGGAUUUCAGCAACAGAGGCUGCCCACUGCAAAGCAAUGUAGCUCAUCUUACUAUUCCUUAUACCUAUCCUUCAUUUUUAUAUCGUAUCCUCACCAUUUUUUGGAAAAGAUAUUCAAUCACAGCAUGCAAAUAACCCUCACGUUACAUCAAAAGAUGCAUGGCACUUAGUGGUGUAUUUAUGUUUUGUAACAUUCUAAGUCACCAGGGCAACAUACUGUAAUUUCAAACGUCAGCUACAAUUGCCCUUGUAAUGUAAUGUUUGUGCUCCAAAAAUUCCACACUUCUCUACCAUUUUGCAUCAUUCAAACAUCAAAAUCAAAAUGUGUAGCUCAUUCAGGACAUUCCAACAACACCACAUUCUGUAUAAUACACAUUUCCUUUCUUCUUGAGAUUUUUCCGACUUGCACAUUUCUCAACCGAUUCAAAUGAUUCCGACUUGAAAACGUUCAGCAGUUUCUGCACUUAAUGCCAUCUUGCAAGGUGAUAGCAUACAAAUCGUUAGCAUGUGAGCAUUUUAUCCAUUUUACUCAUGUGAAAGAGCAUUUACCUACUUGUCAUGAUCACCGUGUUAUCUUGCUCGGUGUUAGCAUGCUGAUUGUUAUCAUUUUAGCUAUUUCCUCAUGUUAAAUAGCAUUUACCUACAUGGCGUGAUGUAAAAUCAUUAUAAAUCUGCCUGUCUUGCUAGGUACCCUCAUGCUAUGCUAGCAUUUUAGCCUUCAUGGUAUGAUGUAAAAUCACUUAAGAACUGCUUUUGGAUUGGGGGAGCGGUAGGGCGUAAUAAUGAAGUCAUCAUCAAAUUUAAAUUGGCUAUGAUGCAUUUGUAUUGACACUGUAGGAGAGAGGAAUAACGUAACUAGGGAUGCUCCGAUUGAUCGGCCACCAAUGAGUAUUGGCCGAUUUCCCUGAAAAAUCAGGUGAUUGGCAUAUGCCGAUAAAUGCCUUUCAACGCUAAUCACAAAAGCCGAUCACCGAUGCAGACAAACAUCUUGGGCAGUGUCUUCCUCCCACUUUCCUUCACAGUGCGCAGGCGUGCCACAACAAAAAACAGUAAUGUCUGCCAUGUGGAACUGCCAACACAUGCCACAAAAACUAUCCAAAGUCUCCUUAAAGAAGAUGUCCCAUCCUCUCCCACUGGUCUUGCCAAAGGGAGCAUUUGCAAAGGCGAAGAGCCAUCUAAUAAAGAGGGACUGGACCCGGCAAACAAUGGAGAGACAGAUGGCGACAUAAAGGUAAUGGACCGAUUGACCUCUUCCCCCGGGGCAGAAGCAAUCGUAAAUGGCACUGAAUGUGACAACACAAGGCACAGCAGCCCGACACACAGCUCUGCAACAGGCUACACCAAGACCGUAUUGCUGGUAAAUGAGAAUGGCAUGUCGGACACGGAGACACCACAUGGUUCCGUCACUGGAAGCAAUGGAUUCAUUCUCGCUAAGCCGCAGCAGGAGGACGGACCUGAAACCACGCCUGAUUUGGCAGUGCCCCCUCAUAGGACUAACAGGUCACCUUCAAGUUCCACCACAGCUGUACACAUGACCAAAGCACCCCCUCCCUCAGCCUCUGGGCCUGCACAGACUUUAGGCACACUAAUGACUGACCCUAUUAUUGGGACUACAUUGGGGCAGGAGACAUUAUACUCUAAAAAUGGCGCAGCCCCAACUACCGCAUCUUCAGCACCUAUCACGAUACACAGAGCCCGAAAAACCAUGUCCAGACCGGCCGUGACUCUCGAACAAAAGCUUCUCAAGAGAGAACUAAGAGAAGCACAGAACGCCAAAAUGGAGACUGUGGUAGCAUCCGACGCAUCAAAACCCUCACAGCAGCACUCAACGGAGAACCAUCUACCUCAGAAUCCUUUGUCACCUUCACCAGCAAUUCCUCCAGUAUCUUCACCUCCGCUGACUUCAGCGCCAGCUAAGCUCCAACACAGCCUGUCAGGCUCGUUGACAGGAGGGUUGUCGCCCCGUAAGAAGAAGAGAAGAAUGGGAAUUUACAACCUGGUUCCCAGGAAGAAACCAAAAAUUCUGAGGCAGAGGACAUUGCUGGAAAUGUUUAAGGAUGCGCAACCAGAUGCCAAGAACCCAGAGACAAACAUCAAUGGCGACAAGGUUGAUUGUGCAUCUGAGGAGGAGGACGACGAGGAGGAGGAGUCAGAUGAGGUGGACUCUGAUGAGGAGGAAGAACAGCAGCAGCAGCAGCGAGGAGAGGAACUCAUCACUGCUGUCCAUGAAGCGAGUCCAACAUCUGAAUCCGUCUCUCAGGCGGAGAAUGAGCAAGAUUCUGACGAAUCUGGAGUAGAGGCUGAGGAGGAGGGCACUGAGUCAGACUUGAGCACAGAGUCUAGUCUCAAGAAGAAGUUGAAAAAGAAAACAAAAGCAGACGAUGCGUGGCUCCGGCCGUCCAGGAAGCGCAAGAAGAGGGUAAAAGUCACAGAACCGGAGUCCUCAAUUCAGCCUCCAUCUUCAGUUCCGACCAACACAGAAGAUCUUAAGGAGCAUGCGCAGAUACCACCUGCCAAACUCUGUAAGCCUGAUGUUCCUUCAGAAGGCAAAGACACUUCAAGGUCAACAAUGGAGGAGGCUCAGGAGCUUCCACUGUGCAGCUGCCGCAUGGAGACCCCCAAGAGUCGGGAGAUUCUCAUCCUGGCAGACAGGAAGUGUAUGGCUACCGAGAGCGUUGAUGGACAACUCAGCCGUUGCCAAAGUGCUGUCUUGAAACAUGAGAUGAUGCGGCCUUCCAACUCUGUUCAGCUGCUGGUACUUUGUGAGGACCACCGUAAUGGCAUGGUAAAGCACCAGUGCUGUCCUGGCUGCGGCUUCUUCUGCAGGGCUGGGACCUUUAUGGAGUGCCAACCAGACGUGAACAUUUCACACCGCUUCCACCAUGCCUGUGCGUCGGUGCUAAAAGGUCAAAGCUUCUGCCCCCACUGCGGGGAGGAGGCCAGCAAGGCCAAGGAGGUCACUAUCGCCAAGGCGGACACCACCUCUACUGUACCUCCUGCAAUCACUCAUGGACCAGCCACGCCCGGAGCACAUGAGGGCAGAGCAGACACCACCACUGGCAGCUCCUCACGCUUGAAUGCGGGGUGUGAUGUCAAUGGCAGUGCAGACAGCUCUCUUUCCGCCGGUUUGAAACCUCGACUCGACUCAGAUGCAGCUUUUCCCGGAUCCUCCAGGACCUCAGUACUGCAGGCCAGUACUGAAGCAACAGCUCAAUCUCCAGUCCUCCAAGGACCACCACGAGAAACCCUUGAAAGUGUCCUGCUUGCUCUCAACACAGAGAAGCCAAAGAAGCUGCGUUUUCACCCAAAGCAACUUUACCUCUCAGCCAAACAAGGAGAACUUAAGAAGGUCGUGCUCAUGCUGGUGGACGGUAUCGACCCCAACUUUAAGAUGGAAUCACAGAACAAGCGCACCCCUCUUCAUGCUGCAGCUGAGGGAGGACAAAAGGAAAUCUGCCACAUGCUUGUGCAAGCUGGCGCAAACUUGGACUCAUGCGACGAAGAUCAUCGAACACCACUGAUGGAUGCGUGUGAGAACAACCACAUGGAGACUGUCAUGUAUCUGCUGAGAGCUGGCGCUAGCGCCAUGCACAAGGAUGUUGAAGGGUUCACAUCUCUCCACCUGGCGGCCAAGUCUGGUCAUUACGACAUAGUUCAAUACCUUCUGUCUACGGGAUUUGUCAACAUAAAUUGCCAGGAUGAUGGCGGUUGGACGGCCAUGAUCUGGGCCACAGAAUACAAACAUGUGGACCAGGUCAAGUUGUUACUGUCCAAAGGAGCUGACGUCAGCAUCAGAGACAAGGAAGAAAACAUCUGUCUUCACUGGGCAGCCUUCUCUGGCAGUGUUGAAAUCGCCAAGCUGCUCCUUGAUGCACACGGUAAUCUCCAGGCUGUCAACAUCCAUGGAGACUCUCCUCUACACAUAGCUGCGCGGGAAAAUCGCCUGGAUUGUGUCAUGCUUUUCCUAUCUCAAGGAGCGGAUGUUUUCCUUAAAAAUCGUGAGGGAGAAACCCCUCCAGACUGCUGUGGCCACAACUCAAAAGCCUUCACAGCCCUGCAAGCCCACAAGAGAGAAAAGGACGCCAAGAACGUCAGGCUCACUCAAGCACAGGGAAAAAUCCUUCACAGUGACAUCGCUCUUGGGCAAGAGAGAGUUGCCAUUCCCUGCGUCAACUCCAUGGACGGAGAAGCUUACCCAGACGACUACAAGUACAUCCUGGAAAACUGCGUCACCUCCCCGAUGAACAUUGAUAGAAACAUAACACACUUACAGUACUGUGUUUGCAAGGAAGACUGUUCUUCAAGUGUCUGCAUGUGUGGACAGCUCAGUCUGCGGUGCUGGUACGAUAAGGGUGGUUGCCUUCUGCCUGAAUUCUGCCGUGAGGAGCCCCCUCUUAUCUUUGAGUGUAACCAUGCUUGUUCCUGUUGGAGGACCUGUAAGAACAGAGUGGUGCAAAAUGGACUCAGGGCCAAGCUUCAGCUUUUUCGGACCGCUAAGAAGGGCUGGGGAGUCCGAGCGCUGCAAGACAUACCACAAGGGACGUUUGUUUGCGAGUACAUCGGUGAGAUCAUCUCUGAAGCAGAAGCAGAGAUGAGGCAAAAUGAUGCUUACCUCUUCAGUUUAGAUGAUAAGCCACAAGCUCAGUACUGCAUCGAUGCUCGUUUCUAUGGAAACAUCAGCCGGUUCCUCAACCACAUGUGCGAGCCCAACUUGUUUGCCUGCAGAGUGUUUACCACACAUCAGGACCUGCGUUUCCCACACAUUGCCUUCUUUGCUGGUGAAAACAUCAAGGCAGGAGAAGAGCUCGGAUUUAACUACGGCAAGCACUUUUGGGAAGUGAAAAGCAAGGUGUUCAGCUGCGAAUGUGGCUCCUCCAAGUGCAAGUACUCGUCGGCGGCCAUGGCGUCGCUACAGGCGGACAGCACGCCGGAGGACCAGCAGCAGCCCAGCGCCUCACCCGAUACCAGCUCCUCAAAUGCUCCCUCAAGCCCCUCUUAGAGAUGUCCUCUUCGUCACGCACACAUCACGUCCUGCCACAACGUCCAAUAGAGUUUUACAGAUGAUUUUGUACUGGAUUGAAUCAUGAACCUUUGACCCUUGGGGAAAAAAACACAAUCUGACCCCCAGAAGGAGCACUUGCUCCUCCUUGCCGCCGUGCUGAACAUGACCAGCGGGGGGCAGCAAAUCUCACCGAGACGUUACAAACACUCUUUCCGGUUUCAGUGAACACACACACACACACGUGGAUUACUUUUUGGUCUUUGGGAUGGGAACCUUUCCACCGAAAUUAGUUGAUAAAAAUGAACUUAAGUUACUUUGUGGCGUGUUUGAAAGGAAAGGCCAUCGGGCAAAAUUCUGAGAAAGAAAUACAUUUUGAAUUAGUGAUUGUCCAAUCGAAGGAUUCCUUCUUAAGGUGAAGAAAUGGAUCUUGCUUGCCGAGGGGACUUUGUGUUGGAUGGACCCUAACUGGAAAAAAUGGUGCUCUCGUUUUUUUUUGUUUUUUUUUUUACAUGCAUACAUUACCCUUGUGAACAUUGUACAAUAAGAGAAUGGUUAGUUUUUUUUUGUUGUUUUUUUUAAAUGUUCCGUUUUCUAAUCAUACGUCAUGGUAGAUGUUGCUGGUCAUAAUUCUUUUUGUUCUGUGCUUUUGUCAACAGGAACCCACGUAUCUUUUUAAACAUCUUUAGUAAAGCAGUGACUGUAGUGCAAAGUCUUGACACAAAUGGGGAUGGAAACAAAAAUGCGUUUCCAUUUUGUUCUGUUACAUGUCUCUGGACCGGGAACCAUGGUUGUCUUUUUCAAUAAAUUUACUACUAAUGCA